CGAUGCAAUCCACGGUCACGUGCUAGCCUCUGCAGCUGUCAAAUGCUCGAAGUUAAUUAAAAGCAUGCUCCACGUCCACUGGAAAGCAUCCAGCCAUUCCCUGUUUCACCCUUCCUUGGUGGGCUUAUCAAAGAAAUAUACCAGGUAUUUUACUGAACAGCGCAAUAUGCCCGUCAUGACAGGCACGAAGCGCGUCAAGGGCGUGUCAGUGUUCAGACCAUUUGUGUUCGGCAGCGAAGCACGACCCUUCGAUCCCGCAAAGAGACCCGAAGGCAUCCCCGCAGACCACACGCAUCAGUGGCGCGUAUACGUCAAGGGGGUCAACGACGAAGACAUCUCCUACUGGCUAAAGAAAGUGCAAUUCAAGCUUCACGAGACCUACGCGCAGAACGUACGGACACGAGACCAGCCGCCCUUUGAAGUCGCCGAGACGGGAUGGGGAGAAUUCGAAAUCCAAAUCAAGCUCUUCUUCGUUCCGGAGUCCGGGGAAAAACCACAGACGCUGUGGCAUAGUCUGAAACUGCACCCGUACGGGCCUGAUAUUGAAGGGAAAAAGGAACGGAGGGAUGUGGUGGUUAGUCAGAAUUACGAGGAGGUAGUUUUCAAUGAGCCCAUGGAACAGUUUUACGAUCUUCUAACUGGCGGUUCUGGGGCGGGACCAACGCAGAAGGGCAAGGGUGGGAAGAAUGUUAAGCAGGUUCAGCAGCAGGUUGGGGGGAGGACGGCGGAGAUACCGUAUGAAGAGACGCCGAAGAAUCCCUAUAGCAGGACGACGGAGCAUAAGGAACUGGAUCGGCUGAGGGAGGCGAAUAAGACAGUUGAGCAGAUGAUCAAGGAAGAGAAAGAGCGGCUUAUUCAGCGGGAGAAGAAGUUGGCUGAGUUGCGGGAAAGUGAAGGCCUUCCUCCACCAACGAGGAAGAAAUGAGCAGGCGGCAGCUGCCAGCUGUUCCUUGGCAGCUAUUUUUUCUCUCCUGGGAGGAUGAAAAAGCCGACGGUCUUCCCACGGCUGUUAUUCAAGAUCUGACGGAUUAUCUCCAGUCUUAAGAUGGAUACGGGAAAUCUGUCUCCAACGGGACAAUUCAGGACAAAGCGGAGACAAUUGCAAUUUCCUCCUGGGAAGAAAUUGUCUAUGGCAAUCCAUCAAUGGGUCUGCCUAACCUCGUCAUUCGAAUAUGCCGGUUUAUCUGCGGACAGGCGUAUACAUACACACCCAGUAUUAAUGGCGUGGAACGAGUGGCACUACUAGCAUCGUAUCAUCGAUCUCGACAGAGGGCUUGCAGAGAUGGCGAUGAACGCAUGGUCAGCAUGAUGUUCUGGCUCUAUUUACCACAUAUCCACGGAGUCUCCAAGGUAGAUUCCAUGAUGAUUCAUAUCUCACUUAGACAUUAGAGGAAAUAUGCAUCAACAAGCUUAUAUCAAGAGUGCACUUCAUGAGCGAAAGAAACCCUAGCUAGACGAAUCCACCGCAAUGUCAGCAAGCAGCUGCUCGAUUCCCUUAGCAACCUCCUUAACGAAAAUAUCCUCAUCAUCCACCCCCAAAACCCCAACCUGCCAAUUAAUAGUGA